GUCAGGCUCUAAGCUCGUAGACUACUAGACUCUGUAUCAUUGGUAUAAGCGACCAGUUUUUCUUCUCAGCUCAGACAUCUUUGGAUUGAUCAGCUGUCGAUUGAUAAGCUGACGGAUUGGGAACUUUGUAGUGCACGCUGCACAAAAACUCUCAGCGAGAAAAAGAAGACACCUGCCAGUCUAUCUAUAGUACGCUAGCUGGUGUCAAUUCUGCUUUGUCAGAAACGCAGUGUCGUCAACACAACACUAGCCUGUAUGGAAUCUGGAGAUCCUUAGGAGAAAAAAAAGUUUAUUCCGUUCAUUCAUUCAUAUAUCGAAUGCGCAGACAGCAAUUUCGAUCGCAACUGGCCGAGACUGCUCAAUCACUGGGAAAGGCUGGUGUGGAUCUCUCGGACGGACACACCACAUUGCCUGAACCAGUGCGUCGCUGCGGUCAAUUCGACUCUCGUCCUCCCGACGCGAUUUGUCACUGUCGCAGUCGUGCCGCAGAUGCUAUUGAUUUGCUGUCCAUUGCCAGACCCAGUUUUCCAUGAGAGAAUGAUGCGAUCCUCCUCGCCCUCUAUAAAAAUUGGCACGAGAAGCAUCGGUUGGGCACCGCACCGGCACCACCAAGACUCUAGGCGCAGCAGCUCCUCCACGCUUCGCUGCCGGGUCAAGCUCCUCUCAUGGAGAUCACGGCCAGCUGCGACGACGGCGCGGUCACAGCUGGCGCCGUUUCUGGUCUGCUGCUCGCGUCUGUUCUGUCUCUGUUCGGCGCGUUUCUGGUAUACUUCUACGCGCCGUUCUGGAGCGUGAGGAGAGUCCCGGGGCCUCCAGCCAGGUUCCCAAUCGGCCACCUCCAUCUUCUUGCCAGGAACGGGCCAGACGUCUUCCGUGCGAUUGCGAAAGAGUAUGGCCCAAUCUUCAGGUUUCACAUGGGAAGGCAACCACUGGUGAUCGUGGCCAAUGCCGAGCUGUGCAAGGAGGUCGGCAUCAAGAAGUUCAAGGACAUCCCCAACCGGAGCACCCCGCCGCCGUCGAUCGGUUCCCUGCACCAGGACGCCCUCUUCCUCACCAGGGACUCGACGUGGUCGGCGAUGAGGAGCACGGUGGUUCCGCUCUACCAGCCAGCGCGGCUUGCCGGGCUCAUUCCGGUGAUGCAGUCGUACGUCGACACACUGGCGGCGAACAUCGCCGCCUGCCCGGACCAGGACUGCGUCCCCUUCUGCCAGCUCUCGCUCCGGAUGGCCAUCGACAUCAUCGGCAGGACGGCCUUCGGCAUCGAGUUCGGCCUGUCCAAGAACGCCGCAGGCACAGGCAGCAGCAGCAGCGAGUCCCCAGGCGGCGGCGAGGGCGAGGGCGACGUCAGGGAAUUCCUCAGGGAGUACAAGCGGUCCAUGGAGUUCGUCAAGAUGGACCUGACGAGCUCUCUGUCCACCAUCCUCGGCCUCUUCCUCCCGUGCGUCCAGACGCCGUGCAAGCGCCUGCUGCGGCGGGUGCCCGGCACGGCGGACUACAAGAUGGACCAGAACGAGCGCCGCCUCUGCUCCCGCAUCGACGCCAUCAUAGCCGGCCGCCGGCGGGACCGGGCCACGCGCCGGCGUUGCGGCCCCGGCGCCGCCCCCGCCCCCGCCCCGCUGGACUUCAUCGCGGCGCUGCUGGAUGCGAUGGAGAGCGGCGGCGGCGGCGGCGGCGGUGCAGGUGCCAACAAGGACUUCGCGCUGGCGGACAGGCACGUGCGCGCGCUGGCGUACGAGCACCUCAUCGCCGGCACCAAGACCACGGCGUUCACGCUGUCGUCGGUGGUGUACCUGGUCUCGUGCCACCCGCUCGUGGAGGCCAAGCUGCUGCGGGAGUUGGACGGCUUCGCGCCGCGCCGCGGGCGCGGGCGCGCGCCGGACGCCGACGAGCUCCAGAGCGGGUUCCCCUACCUCGACCAGGUCAUCAAGGAGGCCAUGCGGUUUUACGUCGUCUCGCCGCUCAUCGCCAGGCAGACCUCCGAGCGCGUGGAGAUCGGGGGCUACGUUCUCCCCAAGCAGGGCGCGUACGUUUGGCUGGCGCCGGGUGUGCUGGCCCGGGACGCGGCGCAGUUCCCGGACCCGGAGGAGUUCCGGCCGGAGCGGUUCGCGCCGGAGGCGGAGGAGGAGCGGGCGCGCCACCCGUACGCGCACAUCCCCUUCGGCGUCGGGCCCAGGGCGUGCAUCGGGCACAAGUUCGCGCUGCAACAGGUGAAGCUUGCCGUGGUGGAGCUCUACCGCCGGUACGUGUUCCGACACUCGCCGUCCAUGGAGUCGCCCAUCCAGUUCGACUUUGACCUCGUCCUUGCCUUCCGCCACGGCGUCAAGCUCAGGGCCAUCAGGAGGGGCUGAGGCUGCCUAGCUUGGGGUCACGUGUGUGUGGAACUGCAUCCGUGACGUGAUGGUGCCACAGCGUGUCUUCUUGUGUGUAAUAUAGCACUAAUAAGCAUAUAUUGAGUAUGUAUAUAUAGAAAUAGAUGGUGAAGAAGAUUGCACGUAUUGGACAGCUGGCAAAUGUGUUGCAGAUACUCCCUCUGUUUCGUUUUAGUUGUCGCUGGAUAGUGCAAAAUUGAACUAUCCAGCGACAACUAAAAAGAAACGGAGGGAGUACAACUUCAGUAGAAGAACGUACGCGUGUGUUGUCCUGGACUAAACAUGAAUCUGACAUAUUUCUCGAGA